AUGAGCAGCUAUGGCGCGGGCAAGGCCAUCCUGGCCCAUGGCUCGCUGUUGACGUUCUGUUGGAUGGCUGGAGCACUUAGCACUGGUGCGUAUGGCAUAGACUCCAUGACAAGGAGAGAUCUGGCCAAGACUUUGAAGCGCAUUUGGACAGCUGGAGCUGUGGCGGCCGUGCUUCUAGCAGGCUGCACAUCUUUGUUCUUUUUCCUUACAGAGCCCGCUGAAACCUACGUGACGGCCUUCGAUGCUGCGAGAAAGUUUCAGAAGAGCUUUUUUGACCUCUUCCUGGAUGUGGAGCUGGGCGCGGCAUGUAUCACAACCUGGCGCUUGUACUACGCCGGUUACAUUUGA